UGAAAGGAGAGGGGAAAGGCUGCUGCUGGCCUGAAUUUCCUGCUCCUGGCAGCUGGGGAUUCAGAGAAUGAUCCCAGGAACCAAAUCCCAAAGGGUCUCACAGCUCUAGCUGCAAACACAAGCCCUUGCCGGAAACCGAGUCUUGCUCUCUGGCCGGCAGGCAUUCACUCCACCACUGCCCUACCAGCUGCUGAGACUGCCAGGCAGGGCCAUCUGUUCCAUGGCCCUUCUCCUAGCAAAAUGGCACAAUGACCGCAUUAUUUCUCUUCCAGCUUCACAUCACAACAUGGAAGCUGUCGCCAAGUUUGAUUUCAUGGCCUCUGGUGAGGAUGAACUGAGCUUUCACACUGGAGAUGUCCUAAAGAUCUUAAGUAACCAAGAGGAGUGGUUCAAGGCAGAGCUUGGGAGCCAGGAAGGAUAUGUGCCCAAAAACUUUAUAGACAUCCAGUUUCCUGAGUGGUUCCAUGAAGGCCUCUCAAGACACCAGGCGGAGAACUUACUUAUGGGCAAGGAGGUUGGUUUCUUCAUCAUUCGGGCAAGCCAGAGCUCCCCAGGAGACUUCUCCAUCUCUGUCAGACAUGAGGAUGAUGUUCAACACUUCAAGGUCAUGCGAGACAACAAGGGUAAUUACUUCCUGUGGACUGAGAAGUUUCCAUCCCUAAAUAAGCUGGUGGACUACUACAGGACAAAUUCCAUCUCCAAACAGAAGCAGAUCUUCCUGAGGGAUAGAACCCGAGAAGAUCAGGGUCACCGGGGCAACAGCUUGGACCGGAGGCCCCAGGAGAGCCCACACCUCAGUGGGGCAGUGGGAGAAGAAAUUCGGCCCUCGAUGAACCGGAAGCUGUCAGAUCACCCACCUCCCCCUCCCUCACAGAGCCACCAGCAUCAGCAGCUACCCCAGCACUUCACUCCAGGGCCACAGCCACUACCACAGCAGCGGUACUUGCACCAUCAGCAUUUUAACCAGGACCGCCGUGGAGGCAGCCUGGACAUAAACGACAGGCACUGUGGCAUGGGCGUGGGCAGCGAGAUGAGUGCAGUUCUCAUGCAUCGGAGACACACAGACCCGGUCCAGCUCCAAGUGGCAGGGCGUGUACGAUGGGCCCGGGCGCUGUAUGACUUUGAAGCCCUCGAGGAAGACGAGCUGGGAUUCCGCAGUGGAGAGGUGGUCGAGGUCCUGGACAGCACUAACCCUUCCUGGUGGACCGGCCGGCUGAACAACAAACUGGGCCUCUUCCCUGCCAACUAUGUGGCACCCAUGAUGAGAUGAACCCUUUGGAGGCUGGGGGCUUUUUGUCUGAAGCUGCCUGCAAGAAAGGGAGCAAGAACAAAAGCUGGGCUACAUGACUACAUGUGCAUCCACAGAGCACACAGGUGUACACGUAUAUGUGUGCCAUGUCUGCAUAGCAUCUAAAGUACAUUUAUGUAUGCACACCUUUUAUAAUAGUAUUUAUUGGCAAUGAGGUUGGUCAAUUAAUUGACCUGAAAGGGAACACAGGUGGAAAAUGAUAUUCAGACUUUUUUAUCUGCUCCUCUCAGGGCUGUGCAGAAGGCAGUGGGGGAAGUGGGCAGCACAGGCAGGAAAAUGAAAUGAAACCUUUUCGUGUCCUUGAUCUCUCCCCACUUUCUCCCUGGCUUGGGAGUUUUCCCAGAGAGCAGCUAAGUGGAGACCACACCCCCACAUUGGCCACAGAACAGCAAGGUGGAGCUGGACUUGGUGGGGCAUGUUGGGGCUCACCUGUGCAUCCCACACACCUGGAGGCUCACAGAGCAGCUCGCCACCCAUUUUCCUGCUGCUGCACUGAGAAUUAAGAUGCAGCCAUCCAGGGCCACAGGCACAAGCAGGUCUGAGCAGGAAGCAGGCAGGGGCAAGGACUGAAGCUGCAGCAGGGGAGAGUCCCUGCCAGAGCAAGGCUGCCCUCCUGGCCACCUCCAGCUGAGGCUUUCGUCCUCCCCCAGCGAAUGCGCCUUGGGUGGUAAUGCUCUUCCCUGUGGCUGACAGGAGAGAGUAUCUCCAACAUGGAGAAAGAGAGACACUGAGAGGAGCCAAGGGCUGGGAAGCAGAAGGGGUGGAUUUUUUACAGAUCCCCCAGGGCCUACUUGGAUAUAACCUCUGUUUCCCCAGCUACAAGGAAAGCAGCAUCCUGGAUUCUGUCAAGUGUUUGGAGAAGCGCUGGCUGAAAAUGCUGAAUGUUAGAGUCAUUGUUUGACAGCUUCGAGGGUGUCUCUGCAGGGCUCUGUUCAUUUUCUGUCUUGAUUUUCUGUGUUUGAAACUGCCUUGCCCAGUAGCCCAGAGAGAAGCCAAGAGCAUUGACUGUGGAUCAAUAGAGGGAUUGAUGGAUUGAGUGUGACCCAGGGCGAGAGUGGGCUUGAAAAGAGCUUCCCAAUCCAUCAGACUGUUGAACCACUGCUGGCCUCCCCUCUUCUAAGAGUUGCCCCUGGGGAGAGGAACACUUCAGACUAGAACUGUGUGUCCAGUGUCCACCUUGGGGGUGCAAAGCACAGAUCAGCCUAGUUGGAGGGGAAAGGGAACCUGGAGAGGCAGCUCUGUGCCUUAGUGGAGUGUGGAACACACACAUUUGCAUGGACCACAUGUCAAAGGAGUGCGUGUGCAUGUCUGUGCAUGUGUGCACACAGGCAUAUGGGUGUGCUUAUGUGCACACAUGUGGAUACAUACGUGUGUGUGCUGAGACAGGAAAGAAAAGGUUGGGGUGGUGGUGGUGAAGGUCCGUGGUGGGGGCCCUUGAUGCUUUGUUUCUUCUCCCUGGCCCUUCCUGCUGUAGGGAAGAACAGAAGAGCAGCCAUUAGUAAAAAUGAUAAAAGAAGAGUGCUUCUGACUCAGAAGUGACUGCCCGUGUAACGCCAGCUCUGUCCCCUGUGACUCUGAUUCAACAAUUCUCUGAUCCCCAUGUUCAUUUUAGAGACAAAGGGGAAGACAGGGCUCUGUAGUGAGUACUGGGAGGGAAGAGAAAACAGCCUGGAAGGGGCUGGAGGAAGCAGAGUGUAAGGAGCAGCUGCAGCCUUUAGAAGGAAAGUCAGGGAGAAGAAAAGAGGUGAACGUUUCAGCCAAUAACGGAGCAUGUGGAGGUGGGGGUCAAGGGGGACAGCGAGGACAGGUGCAGUGAGGCUAUGGGCAGCCAGUAAAAGAGAAGAGACCAUGGGGAGAUUGGAGCAAGGCAAGAAGCAAAGAUUCCCCAAGAGGAGAAAGAAGCAGGGGAAAGGGAGCCGAGGCACAGAGGGACCUCAUCAGCUAUCUUGGUGCGAGGUGCGAGGUGAAACAUUGCAGUAAAUAAAAGCCAAAAGUAAUGUUGAUUUUACAGUAUUUGCAAACCAUCUGCUUUAAACAGCCCACCAACUUCAUCCAUUUGUCAGGUUCUGUGGGAGGACCAUCCCUAGUUAAGACAGAGACAAAUGAUUUGGUUCUGGUCUAGAUCUUGUGCCUGGAAACACUUUGCAAGAAGGCAGUAACAAAGCGGUGUCCUUCUUUUGCCAGGCUGUCUUCGGUGUCUGUGUGGCACAGCCCUCAAGCGGUGAGUGGGAGGACAUGGAGUGGGGGCGGUGGCGGGGUCCUUGGCCUGGAGAGGCUGACUGCUUAGGUGGGCGGUAUGAGCAGAGCCCUCAGAAUGCCUGGAGCCAGGUAUCCUGGUCUAGCAAGGACUGUUGUGGGAGUGUGUGGGAGUAUUUUUGAUUGAGGUGCUAAAACUGCCUUGCCCUGCUCAUCAGCAUGGUUCAAUCCAAAAGGACACAGAAGAGUCACCCAAGCCACCAUGGAGAACAGGACUCUGAGGAACCAAGCUAACAAGAUGAAGACCAAACUGUUCACCCUAAGUGGGACAGGGUGGAAGCUCAACUCUCCUUACCCUCUGCUGCUGCCCAGGUGGUGAAGAGCAGCACAUGAAGGGUUGCUCCCUCGCCCCCACCCCUACCCCAAUUUCUGCCUGUCAGCAUCUCAGCGGCAACGGUGUGUCCACCCAGUGCCUCUCACCAGCCACACAACCAGCAGCCAGCACAAUGCCUCUGAUUUUGGCAGCAAUGGUUUUAGUGACUUCGGGGCAGGGAACUUCCAGAGAAAAACCAGUUCCUGUUGGACCAGUUAGGUUCUCCUAACUGCUUGCCAAGGCUCACUGCGUGUCAAAUAUCUGGCACUGCCCACCCACUUUAAGACAGCCUCAGAAUGAUCUAAAGUGGCUGCUUCUCAAAUUUUCAAGUACCUAUGAAUUGCCUGGGGAUCAUGCUAAAAACUGCAGCUGCUGACUCCAUCCUGCAUUUCUAACCAGCUCCCAAGUGCUGUUGUUGGGCUCACACCAGGAACAGCAAGAGCAAAGAACAUGACAGUGAGAUAAACAGCUACACAUGUCUAAUUGGAUUCCUUUUCUGGGGAUAUUCAGUCAUUCUUCUGUUGCUAACAAAGAAAUCACUUUGGCUUGGGACAGAUAUGAUUCAGAACUGCCUUCAUGACAUCAUUUAUACUUGGCAGCCCCAGUGACUUCUUUCUGCAUCUUCAUCUCCAUCAGGAAUCAAAAACUUUUUGAGUUACAGGCAUUCAGACAAAACACAAGCAGGAAUUUCCCAAUAGUGAUGACGUAUUUUGAACAUGAACAGAGGUUACAGGAGAAGUUGUGAAAGCUUUCUCAGGAAAUCUUUAAUCUAAAAUUGAGGCCCAUCACGUGGGUCUGUAAGUGAGUCAAGUGUAGACAUGUCCACGACAUCUCUGCUAAUCCACCAGGCACCGUGGCACCUGCCUAUAGUCCCAGCUACUCAGAAAAUUGAGGCAGGAAACCACCUCACCCCAAGAGUUCAAGGCCAGCCUUGGGAAAAUAGCCAAAUCCCAUCUCAAGAGAAAAAAAUAAACAAAAGAUCUCUCCUAACCCAAAGCAAAACAACCCACACCAGGAACAGAUUGGCACAAUCAAAUAUUUGCUAGUCGUUUUGUCUAAAAGCAACAUGUCUAUCUGUCUAUACUACAGCAUGGGGUGUGAGGAAAAUCUAUAUUGUCUCAAUUAAAAAAAAAAUUUCUCAGGUUCUUCCAUUUCAUCAUCACAGCCGUGCCACCCUCAUGACACUCUCAGGCAAUUGUGCUGUCCUCCAUACUUUCCCUGUCUUCCCUGUUGUCCUCAGUACGUUCUCCAUACACACACACCGGGGGGUCUUUCUACAAAUAAAUCUGAUAAUGCCACUAUCCUUCCCGUUGCAUUUUGCCUCAAACCCUAAGUCCUAGAGCUCCUGUGGGGUCUGAUCCCAGCUGGGAUCUCUCUCCAGUUUCCACUUGUGCCUGUCCCCACUUUGCUGUCAUAGCCCUGCCCUACUGUCCUCCUUUCAACCUCCAGAUGGACAAGCGUUUGUCCCUGCAUCUUCCACACCUGCACAUUCCUCUGUCUGGAAUGCACAGCCUCUGUUCUUCACCUGCUAACUCGAGUUCAGGUCCGGUUGUACAUGUCACCUCUUCACACAGUCCCUCUCUGACCCUUAAUCUAAAAUAACCCCUCUUAGUAGACUGGCUCACCAAUCUCAUGCUUUUGCUGAAUGGCACACACACUGAUGGUGGCGCUAAACUGAGUCAUAUGAUUAUCAGACUAUACGUGCCAUGGGGCAGGGAUUGUUGUGUUUUGUAAACCAUUGUCUGACCAGCAUCUCACAUGAUACAUGUCGAUAAAUACAUGUUUAAUGAAUAAACAGUGAA